AUGUCGACCGAGGAGCCUUCUUCAGAUGUGGACCACAACAAGUUAUAUCCCACCUCCGCCAAGGCAUCGCAGCGAACCAUGCGCAGAUUGUCUAGUAAAAGUGCUCAACGGGCGGAUCUCUUCGGAGGGCCUACUGUUGUCGCUCCGCCACAACAUAUGGAUAGCCACAGCCAUGCCAACGAGACUGCCCGGGCCAUGGAAAUGGCGAAGCAUCACUUGGCCGAACAAUCCCCAACAAUCACACCACCUGAGUCGGGACCCACUACUCCUGAUGACAGCGGUCUGAGCACGACUGACAAGUAUGCCUUCGCUUUCGAUAUAGACGGAGUCCUCAUCAAGGGUGGUAAGGUAAUCCCCGAGGCCGUGGAAGCCAUGAAAGUCCUCAAUGGCCAAAAUGAGUAUGGUAUUAAAGUGCCCUACAUCUUCGUCACAAACGGUGGCGGAAAGACCGAGGAGGAACGAUGCAUCCAACUCAGCAACCAACUUCAAAUGGAGGUGUCCCCCGGCCAGUUCAUCUGUGGGCACACGCCCAUGAGGGAAAUGGCCGAGAAGUACCACACAGUCCUUGUCGUUGGUGGUGAAGGUGAAAAGUGCCGCGACGUGGCCAAGGGCUACGGCUUCAAAGAUGUCAUCACCCCUGGCGACAUUAUCAAAGACAAUGCCGACACCACGCCCUUCAGAAAGUUGACGGAUGAAGAGCACCGAAACUCCAACAUCCGAAACUACGGCGAAAUCGAGAUUGAGGCAGUCUUCGUGUUUGCCGAUAGCAGAGACUGGGCUGGGGACUCACAAAUCAUCCUCGACCUUUGCAUGAGCAAGAAUGGUCGGCUGGGCACCCGGUCGGAAACCUUCGAUGAAGGUCCGCCGGUGUUUUUCUCCCACAACGACGUGGUCUGGGCAACCUCUCACGCCUAUUCUCGCAUCGGCAUGGGAGCGUUACGCGCGUCUCUCGAAGCCAUGUUCAAAGCCAUCACGGGAAAGGAGUUGAAGACCAUCGCAUUCGGCAAGCCGCAGGUGGGCACGUUCCAAUUCGCAACCAGGCUUCUUCGACAAUGGCGAAAGGAUACUCAUAACAUUGAUUCGCCGCCUGACACCGUCUACUUCGUCGGCGACACUCCAGAGAGUGAUAUUCGAGGCACCAACGAAUUUGACGAAUCAGGCGAUUCCGAGGCGACGUGGUACUCCAUUUUGGUCCGCACCGGUGUCUUCAGAGAAGGCACUCGACCCAGGUAUAUGCCCAAGAUGACAGUGGACAACGUCCUGGAAGCAGUCAAGCACGGGAUGAGCAGGGAAUUCGACAAGGCACUCAAAGAUCUGACGAUAGGCGGUGCGGCGCCUCAGCUGGCCAACGCCAUCGUUGAGGACGAUGAUGAACGGUAG